GGCCGCCUGGCGAGCGACUGCCGAUGACGUCUGUGUACGCCAAUCCGCACCGUUUGACAUUGAACGCGCGAUAACACUCGAAAAUCCUCAAACCGCCCCCUCACAGGAAUUGCUUUAGACUUGUUCACUUGAAAACUGUUAGAAACUUAUUGAGAAUAUUUUCUCUGAAGGUUUGACGUUAUAUUGGAUGAUUUAAUAAAAGUGAUAACUUUAUUUUAGUUGACAUUGAUAGUACUAUCGAACAUAAUUCGAGAUGUCAAAAUAAAAAAAAAAGUUGAAUGUGAGGGUGCCCGUUGUACAUAAAAUUUGUGUUGUGUUGUAUUAUUAAAAUAUGAAUAAGUGUAUGAUUAUCGCAUGAAGUGAUCGUGUUUGUGACUGAAAAAAGACACUCGGAGACUCGGUCACGAGUUCACGGGUCGUUAAUUCAACGAAGGAGAGAAUUCGAAAAAGGUCUUCGUUUGCGUCCGCUCAUUGGAGUGAUAAAAUUUAUGACAAACGGUUAACCCAGCGGUUGAUUUAUAUACGGGUAUAUUCGGUGCUCCAAAAACAUGAUUCGGGUAUUAUGACAGUGGCGGAGUGUGCGAGAGGAGGACGUUACGGGAUGAAGUGGAGGCAUAUGGGGCGGCGCGCAUGCAUGAGCGUGCGGCGGGCCGCGUGAUGCGCAGGGGCGCGCGCGUGUCCGGCGGCGCGUCGCCUGCGACCGCGACCGCGCCCGCGCACGCGCCCGGCUCGUGCGCGUGAUGCGCGCGGACCGUGCCGCGCUCUACGCGUGGCUCCUAUGCUGCGCCGCUGCGUUGCCUACGCACAAAUACAGCACGCGAGUGGUGCGCACGAAGUACGGGCCUCUUCGCGGGAUUGUUGUCCACUCCCAUCCGCAGGUCGAAGCAUACCUCGGUGUACCGUAUGCUACGCCACCUCUUGGUAGUCUUAGAUAUAUGCCGCCGGUGACACCGUCGCAGUGGCGUGAGACGCGGCUGGCGGACGCAGCGCGGCCGGCGUGUCCGCAGGCGCCCCCGGCGGCCGCACCGCACGACGAUGCGCUAUUGAUGCAUCCACGUGCGCGAAUCCGUCAACUCGAGAGGCUGUUGCCUGUGCUCGCUAAUCAAAGCGAAGACUGUCUAUACGUUAAUCUCUACGUGCCCAUUAACGGAGGGGAGAUGGAAGGCAACUCAGUGGGCGUGCCGUGUCUCGUCUUUGUACACGGCGAGUCCUAUGAGUGGAGUUCUGGAAACGCAUACGACGGUACUACGCUGGCGGCGCAUGGCAACAUAAUUGUAGUGACUAUCAACUUUAGAUUAGGUAUAUUGGGUUUUUUAAAGACUGGUGCUAAGGGGUCGGCGCAGGGUAACUUUGGACUUAUGGAUUUAGUGGCGGGGUUACAUUGGUUGAGAGAGAAUUUACCGGCAUUCGGAGGUGACCCUGAGAGAGUCACCAUUAUGGGGCAUGGAACCGGCGCUGCUCUUGCAAACUUUUUAGCAGUAUCGCCAGUAGCUAGAGAACUACUGAAGCGUGUCAUCUUAUUAAGCGGGUCGGGACUUAGCUCUUGGGCCUUGCAGAGGGAACCGCUCACGAUAAAAAAAAAGGUAGCAGAACAGACAGGGUGCCAUGGAGACAUGGUGGAAGAUGACUUGGCGCCGUGUUUGCGCAACAAGCCGCUCGCCGAGUUGCUUGCCGUGAAGCUCGACCCACCGCGGUUUCUGCCUGGUUUCGCGCCGUUUGUUGAUGGCACUGUUAUUGUAAAUCCGUCCUCUGCUCCGCCGCCGACGGAUAGUUCGCGACUAGGAGCCGGUGCAGCUGCUGUAGCCAAUGCAGCGGGUCAUGAAUUGGCUGACUUCUCUCAUAGAGAACUACUUUUUGGGCUCACCACCACUGAAUCGUACUUGGAAUUCAACGCUCAAGAUUUAGAAUUUGGUUUUAACGAGAGCCGUCGAGACCGUAUCCUGCGUACAUUUGUCCGCAACGCUUACUACUACCACUUGAAUGAGAUCUAUUCAACCCUGAAGAACGAGUACACGGAUUGGGACAAGCCUGUACAGAAUCCACUUAGCGUCCGCGAUGCAACUCUCGAGGUUUUAAGUGACGGCCGGACCGCAGCACCGUUAAUCAGACUCGGUUACCUCCACGCCUUACGAGGUGGCACUACUUAUUUCACACAUUUUCAUCACCUUUCACAAGAUAAAGAUUACCCGCAGCGUCCAGGCUCCGUCCAUGGUGAAGAGAUGCCUUACUAUCUUGGAGUGCCAUUGUCACAGGCUCACCAUCAGCAAAACUUUACACAGCAGGAACAGCGAGUGUCUCGUCUUUGUAUGCACUAUGUUGCUAACUUUGUUAGAUACGGAAAUCCUAAUGAUCCCUCAGCAACCCCACCACCGAGCCCCAUGUUGGGCGACACUCCGCGUCUUGGUCCUGAUCAAACCCCGUAUUGGGAUACCUAUGAUACCAUCAAUCAACUGUACAUGGAGAUCAGUAGCAAACCCGAAAUGCGAAGCCACUACCGUGGCCACAAGAUGUCUUUGUGGUUGUCUCUUAUACCGCAACUACAUCGGCCCGGUUCCGACAUGCCUGACGCGGCAAUGCGCCAUCACCACUUUCAAAACAACAAUGCUGACUACUACGAAGGUGCGGUGAGACCUCAGUCGAUGUCGAGGGCGCACGUUCCUCACGUCGUUAAUAUUGAUAAUACCCGAGGUUCCGACGGCAAUCGUAGCACACCACCACCCCGAUCAUCUGUACCCAGACCAUCUCCUGCGCCACCAGUCCCAUCAACGGAAUGCCCACCGAACACAACUGCUACACCCGUACAAGCAGACGAUGCACUCUUGCGACGGUUGGCAUCGUCACAUUACCAAUCUUACACUGCAGCUCUUACUGUCACUAUUGCAGUGGGUUGCUUUCUGCUGCUUCUGAAUGUUCUCAUAUUCGCUGGUAUUUACCAUCAAAGAGGAACACGCCCUCGACGCUCAAAAGACGAUCUCGCCGAAGCAGGAAGUUCAUCUUCGUCAGACAAUUACGAUGGGAAAUUAGAUUAUGAAGUGCGUGCGUUCGACGGGAAAGGAUUUGGUUUUGAGUGCAAAUCGGCUCAUGUGCCGCGGGGCUCUGGCUCCAAGUUCGAUCUGCGGACGUUGUCGGAUUGUGGGGAGCCAACUUUCGGGGAAUAUAGUUGUUAUGACGAGAAACAUCGUGCGGCGCGUAGCUCGCUGCCAGAUGUUAGUGUGGGUAGUGCGAUAGAGGCCGGUAGUGUAGUGUGUAUAGAUACGCUAAAACCAGAUAUUCAAAAAGUGGAGGGACGGCCACCACAGGACCCAGUGGGGCGAACUAGUACUUUUGAACCUCGAGUUGUCGAUAGUUCGACGCAAGUGAAAUUUGGCCCUGCCUCGGAAUGCGAAACGGCUUCUGAUUGUAAUGGUGAUUCGGAAUCAGGUUGUGCGAGCGGAUCAGGUAUACUGCGUGUUCCGCCAGCUACCACUGCGCCUGCACCCCCAGGCAUCAUGAAGAAAAGAGUGCAAAUACAAGAAAUAUCUGUAUGAGAGUUUCUGGACCCCGCCGAAAUUGUUGUGAAUAAACGGACAAAAUUGUGAUCUUUAAAAAAUCUAAUGUAUAUAAAUCAGUAUCGUAUGUUUAAACAAUAUAUGAUGAUAAUAUGUGUACAUAAAAAUUAAUGUAAACAGUGCGUACAGCGAAUUUUAAGGCGUAUGUGACUUCUCGGCCUUAUAUUCAAUCUAUGGCUGUAAUAGGACUGAAUGUAUGUAAACACGUCUUCACUUUUCCGCUCUAUUUGCCAUGAGUUCGAAGUUGUUGGAAUAUAUUAAUAAGGGAUAACGUGACCGCUUACUUGGUAUUGGUUACGUUCUAAGGGUAGUAUAAGGUAUUACGAAGUACCAAAUACACCAGUUCUAUUAUAAAACAAGACAUGUAUAUACUUAUACUUCUAUGUACCUAAUAUAUAUAUAUAUAUAUAUAUAUAUAUAUAUAUAUAUAUAUA